AUGGCAGAUAAACAUAAUGGCAAAGGCAGUAUUACUGCAAUACUGGUUUCUGGAGACAAUUAUUCAGAUACUGAAAAUCAGAGAGAGCUCACAUUGGAAGAUGUUACACCAAAACUAACAAAAUGGUUUUUUCAAUACCCACAUUUGUUAAAGUUAAAUAUGUUUUUAGGUUGUGCUUUAUUUGGUAUGGUGACUCAAGGAUAUGACGGUACUUUGAUGGGGAAUUUACAAACAAUUCCCACCUGGAACAGUUAUUUUAAUAAUCCUUCAGGUGAAAGGUUGAGUACUUUGUCAAACGGUCUAGUUUUUGGGUCCAUAGCUUCCACGCCAUUCUUGGUUAUUGUUGGUGACCGUAUUGGAAGAAGACAUAUGCUUCUUAUUGGUGUUAUUUUAUCAAUCGUUGGGUCCGGACUACAGGCAGGUGCAGUAAACUAUGGUAUGUUUCUCGUAUCACGUAUUGUGUUAGGUCUUGGUUCUGGUGCAACGCAGGUUUCGUCAGCACCAUUGCUAGCCGAAACGGCCUACCCUUCUCAAAGACCAGCUAUAACAAGUAUGAUGCAAGCGAGCUUUCCUACUGGAGCAUUUAUGGCAGCACUUUUUGUAUAUGCUGGUUUUGAAUCAGAUUUGAAGUAUAACGAUUGGUCCUGGCGCAUGCCUUCAGUGUUACAGGCUGCUUGCCCAAUAAUUCAAUUAGUUUUGGUAUAUUUUUGUCCCGAAUCACCAAGAUGGCUUAUAGCUCGCAACAAAGAGGACGAAGCCUUUGAAGUUUUGACCAAGUAUCACGCAGGUGGGGAUAGAAGUAGUGAGCUAGUUAAAUUUGAAAUGGCUGAAAUUAAGGCCGCAAUUGCCAAAGAGCAGAGUGGAAGGAAGGUUUCCUGGUUAACGUGGUUUCAAACAAAAGCAAAUUUUCAUAGAUUAUUUCUCACGAUUGCGUUACCAACCAUUAUACAAUUGUGUGGAUCUUCACUCGUAUCAUACUAUUUUUCUAUCGUUCUUGAAGGGAUUGGUUAUACUAAUCCGAUGGAAAAGUUGAAAAUCAAUAUUGGGUAUACUGUUUAUGGUGGUGUCUUUGGAGUAGUUGCCGCAUUAUAUUCUGGUCAUGUAAAACGGAGAAUUUUGAUGUUAGGAAGUCUUGGGUUAAUGUUGAUAACAUUUGUCAUUUGGACUAUAUUGUCGGCUGUAAAUGAACAAACAUAUCACGAGAAUAAAUCAUUAGGUAGAGGUAUUGUGGCGGUAAUGUAUUUCCAUUCAGGAUUUUAUCAUAUGUUGUCUCCAAUUGGUAAUACAUACGUCAUGGAGGUUGUUCCUUAUACUUUAAGAGGCAAAGCAGCACUUGUGUAUUCAUUAUCUCAGCAAUUAUGGGUUUUGUUUAACAAUUACGUUAACAACCUUGGGAUGGAUUCCAUUUCAUGGAGAUACUAUAUCGUAUUUUGUGUUUGGUUGUUUGUGCACAUGGUCGUUAUCUAUUUCUUUUUUCCUGAAACCAAGGGAUUGGGCUUGGAAGAAAUUGCCCAGAUAUUUGGAGAAGAUAUUACUGAUUUGACAAUGGAGGCCGAUAAUGCAAUUAUCGAACCUAGAGAGCAUGACUUAAAAAGUCAAAUAGAUCAUAUUGAAAGUGUUCCUCCGCAAAACUCAGCUAAUAUAAAAAUAUCAAACUAG